UACCUUCGUACCUCACAGGCUCUCACAACUUUUUGUUACUCUCUUUCCAACUGCUUCCUUUCCUUCUCUUCUCCUUCCUGUCAUUCUUUCCUUUUACCUCGCUGUCGUCGUCUUGGUCCCGCCAUCUUUCUUCUCUUCCAACAUUCGCUUUACUUAUUUGCAUCUUUUAUUCGCUCGUUAUCUUCACCACACUCGCUAUCCCUUGUUUCAAGGGCUCACUCGUUGAUUUUAACCAGCACUUCAUAUUCAGACUCAUCCCUUUCUUUUUUCGUACAGAUCCGAUCCGAAACACACAAGUCCAUCGACUCAGCCUUGGCCGAUCCUUCUCCUCAUCGUCCAACUUGCCUGUCCCGCCCUUGAAAGUGUUGUCCUUGGACCUGGUUCUGAGGGCACGACAAACUGGAGCCCCUUAUGCUCACAAUGCAGAGUCAAGACGUGUUUGCAGGGGGAUUUGGCAAUCGAUUUGCUUCAAAAUUGGGGACGGACAAUACUGGCUUCAGCCAUGGCGCGUAUAACUCGAACCAGACUCCCUAUCGCGGUGGAUUUGGCGACCGAAAUCAACGCAAAAACACCAUGCCUCCCCUGGCAACUUCGGCGAAGGAGCAGUCACAAUACAAUCCAAAUGAACACACACCUGGUGGGGGCGCUGCUUUCGACAUGAACUUCACUCCUCUGUUGCCAUCUCAACUUUUGCUCGGGAGUCCCUUUCAGCCAGGUUCUCCAGGUGCAUUUUCAUCACCGCAGUUUCCCAGCUUUAAUCGCUUUCCCCAAGGCACAAAUGCUCUGCACCAACAGACCCAGCAAUACCAACAGAAUCAGCAAGCUCAUCUCGGCAGCCCAACUCAGAUGAAUGCUCAGCCUCUGUCACCCCAGGCAUUCCAGCCCGUCAUGUCCCCAGAUACUUACGCCGGCGGAUCCCCCACAGGCUUCUCAGGCCUAGGUGGUGCUGCCUUUGGACAUUACCAGCCCAUGCUAAGCAUGGGCCAGACAUGGAUGUCAAGCACCAGCCGCACCGUUUAUCUAGGAAACAUUCCGGCUGAUACUGCUGCUGAAGAAAUUUUGAGUCAUGUUCGAAGUGGACAGAUUGAGUCGGUUCGUUUGUUGCCAGAGAAGAACUGUGCCUUCAUUUCCUUUCUUGACAGCAGCUCGGCCACCCACUUUCAUUCGGAUGCCAUCCUGAAGAAAUUGUCCAUCAAGGGCCAUGACAUUAAAAUUGGUUGGGGAAAACCUUCUUCAGUGCCUACCUCAGUUGCUCUUGCAGUCCAGCAAUCGGGAGCGUCAAGAAAUGUCUAUCUUGGCAAUCUUCCUGAGGACAUCACUGAGCUAGAGAUUCGAGAGGAUCUGAGCAAAUUUGGACCCAUCGACACUAUCAAGAUGGUGCGUGAGAAGAACAUUGGUUUUGUUCACUUUCUGUCCAUUGGCAACGCCAUCAAGGCUGUAGCACAGCUUCCUCAGGAUCCCAAGUGGGGACCUCCCCGUCGUGUCUACUACGGCAAAGACCGAUGUGCAUAUGUCUCGAAGACCCAACAACAAAACGCUGCUCAAUACCUUGGAAUUGCUCCUGGCUAUGCGCAUGUCCUGAAUGGGGCUGACCGGGACUUGAUCUCGAAUGCGCUAGCACAACAGUCUGUUGCCGCCGCCGCUGUUGCCACCACCGCGGGUGGAGUGAACAAUCUCGGAAAUCGAACAGUGUACCUAGGAAACAUUCACCCUGAGACGACCAUCGAAGAGAUUUGUAAUGUCGUCCGAGGAGGUCUCCUUCACCACAUCCGCUACAUUCCUGAUAAGCAUAUUUGUUUCGUAACGUUCAUUGAUCCAACGUCGGCCGCGUCUUUCUAUGCGUUAAGCAACCUUCAGGGCCUCAUGAUCCACAACCGACGGCUCAAGGUGGGCUGGGGUAAGCACUCGGGUGCAUUACCACCUGCCAUCGCCUUGGCGGUCAGUGGAGGAGCGUCACGAAAUGUGUACAUUGGCAAUUUAGACGAGAGCUGGAGCGAGGAACGACUGAGACAAGAUUUUUCCGAGUACGGCGAGAUUGAACUCGUCAACACACUUCGAGAAAAGAGCUGCGCCUUUGUCAACUUCACCAACAUCGCCAACGCGAUCAAAGCUAUUGAAGCUGUGCGAGGACGAGAUGAGUACAAAAGGUUCAAGAUCAAUUUUGGCAAGGACCGUUGCGGCAACCCGCCCCGCCAGAAUAUCUCCCAUGUCAAUGGCAACCAAUCUCGGUAUCAGGGCAAUACAGAUGGCAAUAUCUCUCCAGGAGCGAUGAACGGCUUUGAGGGUGCAGUCUCGCAAUCGGGGUCGAGCCCAACGAGGUCGACGAUCCCUGUUGGACCAAAACCCAUGAAUGCACAAUCUCAGCCCCAGCGACAACAGACACUUCCCAGUACCACGCCUUCUUCGAUAUUGAAUGCCGGCAACAACAACCCUCUCACGAUGUACUUGACGCAUGUUUCUCAGCAGCAGGCUCAAGCUGAGCAGGAUAUGCGCGAGGACGGUUUGACAUUCGCUUCUUUGCAGCAGCAGCAAAAUCAGGCUUUGGCUACACAGCAAGCGGCACUGUAUGGCGAGAUGCCUAAUGGUCACAGUGGUCUGGACAUUGCACCACCUCCGUCCCAUGCUCCCCGCCAGAAUAGUAUCAGCGGUGGCUUCAGCACUAAUUCGGUCAACAACAAUGGCACUUCGACUACAAUCGGAGGCCUGCUCGCCCCUACAAACACUGGACUCGGGGCGAGCAGAAGCUCGCAUUCUCGGGCUGUGUCACUUCCAGCCUUUUCGCAGGAGAUCUUCAGCAAUCAACAGUCUACACAACAAGGUCCAUCAUCGUCCCGCGGGUUCGGUGGACAUGCGCCUCAGGGUAGCUUUGGCGGAUUUGGGUCUGCUUUCGGCACUGGCUUUGGCACCAGUGGAUUCAACGGGCUCGGCCUGACGAGCGACACUCGUUCUGGUCUCUCAGGCUGGGCAGAGGAGGAGAUUGGAGCAAAAUAAAUGAUACCUAAUCAGCCUUUCUUUUAUCUGUUGGUUGGGUAUGGUCGGGAUAUGUGCUUUGAUUUUUACAUGAUGUUUUUUGGGUUGUUUGGAAGAUAUCUUUGUUUUAAUACUCUUGGGUUGGAUGUGUAUCCGAAAUCAGAUGGUGAUGGUAUUCCGGCCUGCUGGCUGCUGCAGGUUGGAUCUGCAUCAUGUCUUAGUACUCGUACGAGGGCCUUGAUCACAGGCUCAUAGGUCCAGGUCAUAUUGGAAUGUGUAUAUACAUGCGGUCUCGGGACAGGAAGUGGCAGAAGGCAAGGAUGAGCAUGACUUGAUUGGGGGGCAAAUGAUUUCUGGGUAUGGGUAAUAUAUCUCUCUAUCCCUAGGUAUCUUACACUUGGGCAAUCGUAGAAAGAUGGCAUUGCUGUUUCA